AUGCAGUUGUUUUACUUUCUGCUAUAUUUUACCCUUUCUAUAACAUGCAUCCAACCGAGCCAAAUCUGCGCUCCUCUUCGUAGCCGCAUAAAACACCACUUCCAUGCACUGCGCCAUUGUCAGCGUUCGAAUCGUACCGUCAUUGGCCUCAUCAAUGCCGAAACGGUUCGUGAGUGUGCCGAAUUUGCCAGGAGAAAACAUGGUCUUGCGUUCAACUAUGGUCCGAAAGACCGCAAGCAAGUUAAUCUGUUCGAACUAGUCGAGCUUCGGAAAGCGAAUGCAACGGGAAAUACAGCACCCCGGCCAGCGAAAGGAACCGAUACGAUCACUACCGAUCCGGAGGAGUUUUACAAUUGCCAAGUACUGGAUUGUCCGGAAUACAGGAACCUAUCUUCGAUCGUGAAUGAUACCCGCUUUGACUAUUACAGUUUAUAUAGCAGGCCACCUCCUCAGGAUAACGCAACCUGCGUACCAUCAAUUGGAAUGUUCGUCGUAGAGGAUCGGAAAAUGAACUAUUCACUGACAUUCAAUGAAUGCCAAGCAAUAGGCGGCAGUCUGGCCCACGUGGCCAGCGAGCCAAGAACCAACAUGAUAUCUAAGCUGUGCGAUGAGGGUUUUGUAACGGAAAAUAAAUCAGCUACUAACGUCAGCGAAGCAUUGUAUUAUGUAGGGCUCAAAGGAACCACUGGAAAUAAGUUCUUUACUUCUGCCAAGGAACCAUUGGAGUGCUUUCUCUACCGAGCGUGGGCUCCAGGACAUCCAAGCAAAACUAGCCAACCAGGAUGUGUAGCGAUAUCGUCUAACAAUUCAUGGACUGUUCACAACUGCAACAAAGCACUUCCAUUUAUUUGCGAGCUGCAUACAUCCGGACCACCGAAAUAUAAGGUACACCUGAAGCGGAAAUGCUCUGUGAAACGGCCCAAUAAUCGUAUUGCACCCGGGAAAAAGACUCCGUUGCUUUAG